AUGCAGGAACCGGAGUCUCCCAAGGGCGCUCCACCUUCCCCAGCCCGUCCGAAGAAGAAGCGGCAGAAGCGCACCGUGUACACCGAGGCGCAGCUGAUGGAGCUGGAGGAAUUCUUUAAGAGGAAACACUAUGGGACCUAUGACGAACGCGUGAGCCUGGCGACCAGGCUGAAUCUGCAGGAGCAUCAAGUGCAGGUGUGGUUCAAGAACCGCAGGGCCAAAGAACGCAAGCUACAGAGACUGCGCGAGGAGCAAGACCCGGGAGCCCCCACUGAGCCUGAGGGCAGGGGUAUAUACCCAGCUGCCCCUGUGCCAGUGCCUGCGGGCCCUGCGUUCCAGGGGGACCCUGAGCUCCCCCCCACGCCUGUGUUCCCUGAGGAGCCAGUGUUCCCCAACCACCCUCAGCACUAUGGGGGCCCAGGUUUCUACAGCUCCCCUCCACCUACCCAUUUGCAAGUCUCCCCAGAAGCAGAAUCCUGUGUCUACAACUACAACCAGGCCUGCUGGGACCCUGCGCAGAACUACCCAGCCAUGGUCCCCACUGCACCUGUUCCAGCUCCAGCUCAGGCCGAAGUCUUGCCUCAGCUCCCCUACAACAUCAGUUUCAAUGCCACCCCUGUUAUGAUUCCUGCAGAGCCGCGCCCACGUCCCUUAGAGGGGUACAUUUCCUCUUGCCAGCCUUGGCCUGAGGAAGAGGAGGACACUUGCGAGUAUCUGAAUCUCUAA